GGAGCGUAUAAAUGUUACACCUUGAUAGGAAAGUUCAAUAGGAAAGUUGUUUGGAAGUAAAAUAGCUUGUUUCGACUGCGUCCUGACGUCCUAAUUUUUGGCUUCCAGGCAUUUUGGUGGAUAUACAAUUGAAAAAUAUAAUAAUUACCGAUAAUUCGUCGAUUGUUUUCUAAAGUUCGAGCCUGUUAUUUUUUUCUGAGAGUUAGCAAUGGCGCUAAGACAGUUUUGCAAGUUGACUCCAGUUUUAGCCGCUAACUAUCAAAGUAAAACAUUCAGAUUGCCGAGAAAGACUACUUUUUUUGCAGUAAAAUCCUACAGCACUGCAAAUGGAGGAAAAGACACAGGAGCAGCUGCAGGUCAGACUGUGGUCUCAGAGCGAAGGGGAUCCGUGUUUCUUGUGGCGAUAAACCGACCUGAGAACCGUAAUGCGGUGAACCAGGAGACGGGACGGCGUCUGGUGAAAGAGCUGCUGGCCUUUGACAGUGACCCAGACUUGAACGUGGCUGUGCUGUACGGGAAAGGAGGGAAUUUCUGCGCUGGUUAUGAUCUGAAAGAGCUGGCCAAUCCAGCAGGCCCCCGCAAAUUUGAGCAAGAUGUCACUAAGGGUCCCGGUCCAUUGGGUCCGUCCCGUUUGCAGCUGUCGAAGCCGCUGAUAGCAGCAGUGAGUGGUUAUGCUGUGGCCGGAGGGCUGGAACUGGCUGCGCUGGCAGAUCUGAGAGUGGUGGAGGAGAGCGCCAUCAUGGGAGUGUUCUGCCGCAGGUUUGGAGUUCCCCUGCUUGAUGGAGGCUCAGUGCGGCUCCCGCGUCUCAUUGGCCUGUCCAGAGCCCUCGACCUGAUUCUGACUGGGCGGCCAGUUGGAGCACAGGAGGCUCUCGCCUUUGGACUGGCCAAUAGGGUUGUGCCUGAUGGCCAAGCUCUGCAGGCGGCUGUGGAGUUAGCAGAGCGGAUCAGCUCCUUCCCUCAGGAGUGUCUGAGGGCCGACCGCACCUCAGCCAUGUACAGCUGCUAUGACGCUGCAUCUUACACACAGGCCAUGCAGUUUGAAUUCGACAACGGAGCUCCCGUCGUCUCAGCCGAAUCCAUCCCUGGGGCAAGAAAAUUCGCCACUGGAGUGGGAAGAGGAGGAAAAUUCUUCUAGGAUUUAAGCUGCUGACGCUUUAUGAAACAUGAUUUAAGGUGAUCUAGCAAAUCCUGUGUGUAUGAAUCUACAUAUAAAAUGUUGUUUGAGCAAAAAGCAUUGUUUUUGGUGAAAUAGCAUCCAAAAUACCAGGAAAAUAAAACACAGUGGUUUAGGAGAGUUCAAGUCAUUUCAGAUCCACAGCAUGCAAUCAAAACUAUAUGUAGCCCAAGAUGAUUAAGCCAAGCUGACGUGUUUUUUUUCCCCAGCUACAUAUCAACUCAUGAUUUUGGAAUCAGUUGAACACCAUGUUGUGCAGUAGUGUUGUUGGUUUUACUACAUUUCUCACUAGCACAGUAGUCACUGCACUAAGUUCUUUUAUUGAUCAAGUAGUGCAGUAGUGUCCACGCAAGCUUCAUUUUCCCAAACACCUCGAAAGCGGCAAGUGCAGCAGAGAUUUCAGUGUGGUUUAAAGUAUACCUAAGGUGUAACUAAGGAUCAGUACAUAAAGCUAUCUCCAUACACAGACAUACAGUGGUGGAAAAAAGUUUUCAGACGCUUUAAAAUUUUACACGCUCAAAUAUUCAGCAACGAAAUACUUGUGGAAAAAUAUUUUUACAUGCUCAAAUAUUAUCAUGAAAUAUUUGUGGAAAAAUAAUUUUAGUGUUGCAAAAGGUGUAGCUGCAUUAGACAGAUACAAACAGAUACAAAUAUUUUUUUUGUUGAUUGUUUACAAGAAAAACUAAUAAAACUAAAUUGUUGACGGUU